AUGUCAUCACAACCACCGUCAAGAGGUGGUGGUGCCACUAGUACCAACGGUGGAGGCAGCAGUGGCACAAUGACAUGGGCAUCGUCACGGCGUCUGGUCAUCACCAAUGACGUGCCACAAAUCGUCGUAGCUAAUAGCUCCACACGAUGUCAUGAUCGUGGCGGGACCGUGUUCACCUCUUAUUCAUCUCGUGGCACAAGUUCACCAAACGCUCGUGGAGGAGGAUUUCAAGCAGGUCGCGGUGGUUGCAGUACAGGAUAUCAGAUAAGGAAUUCGUCAGCACCUAGAGGAGGUACGUUCAGGUUUUAG